AUGCCUAAAAACCCAGCCCAAUACUGCAAAAAGAUAGACGUGACGAAGGAGGAGCUAGGGUGGAACUUUGGAUGCAUAUCGGCAAGCCAAAAUAACGAGCAGGAGGCUGUCCUGGUGCGUGAGCUAAUCCUGAGCAACAAUAAGCGACUGGAGGAAAGGGGGAGAGAGGAAGCCAACGCGACGUGCGCAGAGGAUGAGGAUAUAAACUGGGACGACGCAGCGGAGGGGAUAGGCGAGGGAAUCGAGGGACCGGAGGGCUUUCGCGACAGCGACGAUGACGACGAAGAAAGGGGAGGGGACGGAGGGGCGACACGCAGGAGGAGCGAAAUCGCUAACGGCCCGAGCAGAGAGGGCGACGGCGGGGCACGAGGGAACAACGGAGACGCUACCGAUGACGCGAACCGAGGCACGGACGCCGGCGGGGACGGGGAGGGCGACAGCGACGUCGAGGUUGACGCAACCGUAUCGAGAGCGCCACCCAAAAAGGGGCGGACAGCCAUGGAGGUCACCGAAUGGAAGGCGAACGGCACGAUGCGAAAAGGCAGGGCGAGGCGGAUGGAGAAAGAAACCGCGAGCAGACAGCGCCUGCUGGCCAUUUCGAGACAUUCGCCAAGAACGCUAGCUACAUGGGAGGGCUUCGUGAAGGAUGGAUUGAAAAACAUUCGAACAAAGAAGAGGCGACGGGAGGAACCGGCGGAGGAUGCAAAGUUUACCUUACCUUACCUUACGGCCGAUGCCGUCUGCUCCGGCUCCGCCGUCCCCGGGUCUGCCCUGCUCUCGUCCGCGCUAGCUUCUGUCUCGUCAUCACUGGUGUUUCUCCUCUUCUUUCUCCUCUUCUUGUAUGCUUUGUAG